UCCGCUGCGGCAGAGUCAACUCGUCGUCCCGGGCGGUUCGACAGCAGCGGCCGGCGGGUUGGACCCUUGGAAACGCAGCAGUGGCUUCAGAGUCAGAGGAGGGCGGGUCAACCACGGCGCUUGGCAAAGCAGAGGCGAGGCCAGCGGGCGGAGGGCGCAGGUCCAGCCCCGGACGGGUGCAGGGUCAAGGCCACAGCGGCGGGUCACACUUGCCCGGCAGCACGAGGCCGAGGCGGGUCGAGGCAGGAGGCGCCGGAGGAGUAGACGGCCACGCAGGGCAGAACCGGCGCCAAUCUUGGGCGGAGGUGACCCGGCAGGAGGCGGACGCAGCGACUCGGGAGGCGGCUCAUGAGGUGGCGGAGUCGAUGCUGGCGGUUCAGAGGCGGCCGCGGCAGAGCCGGAGGCGAUUCAAAUCCGGCGGGGACGGCUUGGAACCGGGCAGCAGCAGCCGGCGCAGCGGAGGCACACCACGCUUAAUCGGUGGAGAUAGCCAUGGGCGACCUGACGCGCCCGGGAAACAGGCAGCAGAGGAAGACGACGUUCUCGGCGGUUCGAGUUCUGACCGCUCCCCAAUAAUAUCACAUGCUGACGCCGUUUUAAAUUUGACAAUACCAAUGAUAUCACGCUGCUGGAAUAAUAGGCGGUUCGUGGACGACAGCGGUCAGAAGCGGAGCAGUGGAUCAGCAGAUGGAGGAACGGUCGAGUCGGCCAAGCCCGCAACUGAUAACAAUAGGCAGGUUAAACCGGACCGGGUCAAACUGCUUGCGCCAGGCAGUUUAGCACAAUCAUAGGCGACAACUUGGAUCGAAGGUGGCCGCCGAGUCCGUGCCCUUUCUCCGGGUCAUGACGAUUGUAGAAUUCCCAAACCGAUCAUGGCGACUCAUGCAAAGUAAACAGUAACAGUAGCUUUGAUUGAUUUUAGGUUGACUACCCCUGUUAACUUGGCGUCUUGCGGCAGCAAACAAAUCCCAAUCUCAAUUUUCAUGACCCUUGAAUCUCAUAGAUUAUGAAUCUGGACCGAUGAAAUCAAGGCUGAUGUAGAUUCUUUCAAACUGGCUCUUCUUCGUUCGGAAAACUGUGACCUCUCGAUCCCUGUGAAAGAUCCCUCCAAGAACUCAACACCACCGUGCGCAGGCCCUACGGUGGGCGCCAACUGUCGUGGAA